CUCCUGCCGUUCUGCAGGGUGUCUGUUUCUCCCCGCUGGGCUCAUGCUCCUGAACUAGGGUGGGGGGGUGUCGCCCCGUUCUGCCAUGAAAGGCUACACCCCCCAGCGCACCCGUCACCUGUCCGAGUGCGAGCCGCCCCGUUCUCCCAGUCACCGGGAGCCUCUGUACCCCCCCUCCGCCUCCUCCACCCUGUCCCACGCCCCGUUCCUCCUCCCAGCAGCCAUGGAGCACUACGGAGCCCUGGACCCGCACCACUUCUCCCCGACGCCCGACUGCCUGAUGCCCCUCAACAACCAGCUGUCCUCCAGCAGCACCUUUCCCCGGAUCCACUACAACUCCCACUUCGACCAGGGAGACUUCGGGCCCGGGGCCGACAGCAUUGGGGGGAUCAGCACCGGGACACUGGGGACGUCUAUGUCCAUGGGCAUGGGUCUCGGAGUGGGACGGACCGCCAUGAUCACCAGCGGAUCCGCAACUAUAUCAGGAGCAGGAAAGAUGAACCGGUUGCCUCCUAACCUCCUGGACCAGUUCGAGAAACAGCUUCCGGGUCAACCGGACGGCUUCAGCACGUUGCAGUUCCAUCGAAGCACCGCGGUGACGACGACCAAACAGCAGCAACAGCAGCGCACCGACAGCCCGGGAAAAAUACGCUACCUAGUUCACUCUGUCCAGAAACUGUUCGCCAAAUCCCAGUCGCUGGAAAACUCCGCCAUCAAGGGAAACAUGAACGGCCGGAACAGCCGAUCGUCGAGCAGCGAUGACAAACACCAUCGGAGCAAAAGCAAAGACCGAGCGAAGAGCGAAGGGACGGCCAAACGGAGGCCACGGUCCAACAUGUCCGGAUACUGGAGCUCUGACGAUUUGGACAGUGAUAUUAGCAACUAUAGGAACCCGAUGGCCAUGAUGACUUUGGGUCGGCCAGCGGUGGGAUCCGGACCGGGGCCGGACGGACAGGUGGCAUCCAGGUACUUCAUGCAGGGCUACAGCACCAUGAGCGAGCACACGCUCAAAUCCUCGAAGAGUAACAGUGACCUGAAGCACCAGGGGCUCCCUGCACUCCCGGGGCCAGGCGGCGGUGGCAUCGGAGGAGGCCGAGGGCCGAUGUUUGACGGGAACUUUAGUAAAGGAGGACCCUGGUCCACGCUUACGUUAGGACCCACCAGACAGGUGUGCCAGAAGGGCUCGGCCACGCUGGACCGCACCCUGCUGAAGUCCAAAUCUGUCCAGCAGGAUCUGGGCUGCCACUUCCUGCAGAUGCCCUCCACUGGUGACUGGACGGGGACUCUGGGCCGAAGCGGGCCCAUGGGCGAGAUCCCUUGUAGACGGAUGCGUAGCGGCAGUUACGUCAAAGCCAUGGGCGACCUCGAGGACAGCGACGACUCCGACGGGAGUCCCAAACCCUCGCCCAAGAGCGCCGCUCGGAGACAGAGCUACUUACGCGCAACACAGCAAUCACUAAGUGACCAGUUCCCCUCAAGAAAUAUCUCCACAGAACAUUCUCCAAAGCUGCAGAUCCGGAGUCACAGCUACUUGCGGGCGGUGAGUGAAGUUUCCAUCAAUAGGAGCCUGGACACCCUGGAUCCCAAAGCUCUGCUAGCCUCUCCCCAAUACCGCUCACGCAACGAGAGCUACAUGAGGGCUAUGAGCACCAUCAGCCAGGUGAGUGAGGUUGAGGUUAACGGGCAGAUCGAGGCAGUGUGUGAGAGUGUGUUCAGUGAAAUGGAGUCACAGGCGGUGGACGCCCUGGACCUGCCCAUGCCCGGGUGCUUCCGCAUGAGGAGUCAUAGUUACGUGCGCGCCAUCGACCAGGGCUGCUCGCAGGACGACGACGGGCCUUUGCUCCCUGCCUCCCCCCCGAGGACCACCACUACUGUCAGAACCAUCCAGAGCAGCACAGUAUCAUCAUGUAUAACCACCUACAAGAAAACCCCACCCCCAGUCCCGCCCAGGUCAACACCCACCAGACCGUACAUCUCUAUAACAGCCCAGAGCAGCACAGAAUCUGCACAAGAUGCCUACAAUGAGCUCACCGGUGCUGGUCCUGCUAACCGGGCCUUAGCAGCUGUCCAGUCGGGCCUCAGCAACUCCACGGAGAGCAUCGAUAGCAUGAAGGCCCUGACAGCAGCCAUCGAGGCAGCAAACGCUCAAGUCCACGGCCCAGCCAGCCAGCAUGUGACCAACAGCACCAUCACCAUCACCACAGCCUCCGCCACCACUAGCGUAACACACAUCUCACAGGAAGCUAAAAGAGAUGCCCUCAGGAAAUGCCUGUCCAUAGGGAUACAGGUGGACGGUCCCGAGGAAACCGACCAAUCAGAAGUGCACUGCAAGUUUCAGUCGGUCGGCAUUCAAGUAGAGGAGGAGAGAAGCUAUCGCAGAGUUACACGGUCCAACAGCGUCACCACUGCCGUUCAAGCUGAUCUUGACCUUCUGGAGGGUCUUGGCGACAACCAGUUCACGCAGACCCACCAGGGGCCCAUUGUCCGCCAGUCGUCCCGAGAUGCAGCCACUUCUACUGUCAGCAUCCAGGGCUCUGGGAACCACUACCAUGCCUGUGUCCAAGAUGAGUACACCGACGUGGGCUUUGACCCCUCCAUUCUGCCCCCUCCAGACCCUUGGAUGGAUGGAGCCAUGGAGGAGGAAUAUGCGAGUGGGGUGUCAGGGUCCGUGUGUCCGCAGGACGGACGCUGGUUUCUGAAACUGCUGCAAGCAGAGGUGGAGAGGAUGGAGGGGUGGUGCAAACAGAUGGAGCAGGAUGAGAGGGAGAAUGAGCUACCAGAAGACAUUCUCGGCAAGAUUCGCAGCGCGGUGGGCAGCGCUCAGUUGCUGAUGUCGCAGAAAUUUCAGCAGUUCCGGGAGCUCUGUGAAGAAAACUUGAAUCCCAAUGCCCACCCACGGCCCGUGUCUCAAGAUCUGGCAGGAUUCUGGGACAUGCUGCAGCUGUCCAUAGAGAACAUCAGCCUGAAGUUUGAUGAGCUACACCAGCUGAAAGCUAACAACUGGAAAGCACUGGAGCCUCCAGAGAGAAAGGAGAGGCGCGUGCCCCCUCCGGUGCCCAGGAAGCCGGGGAAAGGUCCCGUGCUGCUAGUGAGAGACCGGUCUUUGGAGGGCUCCCAGAGGUUGGAGGCCCGUAAGCGGCUGUUAGCGGCUAAACGGGCUGCUGCCUCUCAGCGCCAGAGCUCGGCAACAGAUUGCGCCGACAGCAUCGAAAUAUACAUCCCAGAGGCCCAAACACGAUUAUAAACACUGAAAUCCGGGUGCUCAGAAGCCUAAAUAGACACACACACACACACACACAUCUUCAACCAUAACACAAUAGCACUGAAUGACAAAGGCAGGGUAGCUGUAACAUAAUCGCUCUUCUUUUCUUGUGUAAAAGAGAGUUUCUUCACUGUGGGCUUCUACUGUAUGUAUUUACGACUUAAUUUCACUCUCUUCCUCCGUCCUGCCAUUUGCGAUGUAGCUCCCUCGUUAAACUCCCAAAGACUUUUAAUAUUUCUAUUAGACACUCUUAUAUUUAAUUGUCAAAAUGACCGAUCAUAUAUAUUCAUGCCUAAAAUACAACAUAUUGUGUCCGUCGAUAUUACUACCCAAAUAAUGCACACUACCGAAUUCUAUUAUUUGGUUCGUAGUUUUUUGCAGUUACCGUGUAAGAGCCAUAUGUCUCGCGUUCUCAAAGAGGACACAACUUCUAAAAGGGCAACAUACCGAUCACUUCGAAGAUUUUAACGCCAAUGUAGCCACAGAUUCAGUGUAUUUAUGUAUGCGUCAGGCACUCUCUCACGUGUCACCCUGCACCUCUGAGACAGGGCGAGGUUAUUCUGUUUUCAGUAUCAGGGGAUAGAAUGGAAAAACCACCUCUUCUCUUCUUUCUUCUCAUAUUUUUUAACCUCCCACUCAGUCAUCCUCUCAAACCAUCCCAUCUCCUUUCCCGUCUGCUCACUAUCAUCUCCCCUCAGCAGUGCCGCUCACCUGUUUUGACUGACAUAGACGUUUGACUGACAUGGAUACGUCAAACGCGACACGUUUAUCUGUCGCCGGUUAACGCGUUCACGUCAUUGACAGAAGCGCUGUCAGAACACCCCACUCUUCACGGCUCUGAUUCAGUAGCCCUUCGUAAAAAUUAGCAAUGUGUCACGUUAUGAAACGUUACAUAAAGGCAGUCAGGGAUUUCAUUCAGCAUUAAGCCCCGUUCACACUGCCAGCGAUCAAGUGAUGCAAAGUCUUUAUUUUACAAUUAUAAAAUAAAUAUUCACAAUCUAUAAAGCCACAUUUGUGACCCAUUGUGAAUUUUUUUUUUUAAUAUUGCGACUUUAUAACAUAAUUAUAACUAUUUCUCACAAUUGCAUUUAGGAUUCUAACAGUAUAUCACAAGAUGUAGAUUUUUUUUAUUAUUAUGACUUUUGGUAUGUAAAUUGUGGCUUUGAUGUUAAUGUGAUAACAUAAUCGUGACAUAAAACGUUUCUUGAAGUUGCGUUUUCAUGUGUCGUAGUUGCACAAUAUAUUACAGUUGUGACCAUAUAUGACAAGAUAUUUUAUAUCUCUUAAUUGAGACUUUACUUCAUGUAAUUGUGGUGAUAAUAUAUUGAUUUAUAUCGUAAUUGUGACCUUAAUUUUCACAAUUACGUUUUUAUAAAUUUGAUAUAACUCGCAUUAUUAGUAUAUAUCAGUUGUGAUUCUGUACAUUGCAAGACAUUUUAUUGUGACUUAACGUUUUCUCCGAUUUGAUGUGAUAUAUAUUAAUAUUGGUGCUUUUAAAUGAUUCAUUGCGAUUAAUUGCAUCCAAAAUAAGUUUUAGUUUACA